AUGGUAUACAUUACCUCCGACCUCUUCGGCCCCAGCACCGCACGUGAUUGGCAACAAGACAAUACAUCUCACAAUUGGCAUACCAUGGCCCCCGACCAGCCCGCCGCCGGUCUUGGCAAGAGAAAGCGACAAGCAGGCGACGACAAACCACAACUAUACGAACGCCCGUGUACCUCACUUCACACAUCUGGCACCGACAUCUCCCCAAAGACCAUCCCACGUCACCACCGCUCCUCCCUAAGCCGCGACACCACCCGCCUCCACCACCCCAAUACCCCGCCAUUCGACUCCAACAACAACACCCUCUCCUAUGCCUUCCUCCCCUCAAAAGCCCACGACUUCCCGUCCGACCGCCGCCCCGUCAAACAACUCAAACGCUUCAGUCCAAAAGCCUCCCUCGUAAAAUCAACCUCGCACCUCAUGGAUAUCGAUCUCGACGUUCAAUCUCCUACUACUACUACUACUACUACUACUACUACUACUACUACUACUACUACCUGUGGGACACCGGCACAUCACCAUGCGGUCUCCGACCUGCGCUCGUGCCAUGCGUGCCAAAAAGCGCCGACACGAAAGAAGGAUCUGGAAAAUUAUCUCGACUGCAGGAGGUGUGAGGGACGGACGUGCUUUAUCUGCGCAAGGCAGUGUGUGGGCUGUGCAAAGGCCAUUUGUAAAAAGUGUAUAGUGGAGGUUGGGGAAGAGGGGGAUGCCUGGUGUUUGGAUUGCUACUCAAGGACCAUCAAUUCUUGA